GUGAGCUUGCUGUUUUAAUUCACAUCAUACUGAAUAAUAUUGCUGAUCAUUCUUCUUCUGACACCUUAAUCUUAAUCUUUUCCCCUGAUACAGCCAUGGAGAAGAAUGGGUGUUUGUCAGAGACUGUUUUGGUUAAACAAAAGUUCAAAGACCGAGACUCUCCAGAUAAAGAAAGCUGGGCAGUGGAAGGUGGUUGCUUCACAUCUUAUAGCAAAAAUCAGGAUUCUUCAGACGAAGCCCUCUUUGAAACAGGAAAAAGGAGAGCUGAUUCAGAGAAAGAACGAUGUGAAAGCAAACGAAAAACAGACAAGGAUGUACACAACAACAAAGGUCAACGAGAAAAUCAGAAUAUCUUUGAGGAUGUCAUUUUGAUUAAGAAAUCUAAAAUCCAGGAGAACAAAACUGACAACUCUGCUGUAUCUAAGAGGAAGAAAAACUGUCUGAGUGAGAAAAAAACAGAAGACAGAGAUAGUUUGGUUGAAGGCAACUUAGAGGACACUCCUCAAAAAUCCAGAUUUGAUUCCGUAGAGAAAAGAAAUGUGUCUGAGAGUGGAAGAUUAAGAUCGAAUACAAAAUCAAAGCCUUCAAAGGAAAGCAAAGGACCUUUUUCAUUUGAGUGCAGUGAUGAAUCCCGCGACAAAAUGUUGAAACAGGCCAAAGAUGACAGAUCUUCAGGAAUCUCGAGGAGCCCAAAGCCUGAAGAGAGUAAAAAGAAAAUGAGACAAGAGAAACAUAACAAAAAGACCAAGACAAAAGACAAGGAAAGUAAAAGAGAUCAAGAGGAGCCCUCCAUGUCUUUUGAAUCGUGCUUGAACUAUGAUGUGAAUGUUUUCAAGAGGAAAGAACAAUCUGGAGUGAAGAACCUCAAAAAGAUUAAGAUGGUUGUAAAACAUUCUGACAUGAAGCCUGUCAAGUCACCUGUGACUCCUCCAAACAGAAUGUUCCAGGAGUCUGUGAUGCACCUCCUGGACAUUCCUUUACCUCCUGCUCUGCCUGAAAUUGAAAAGCCAUCUACUGUGGAGUACUUUGACAGGAAAGUUGAGAAGGAGUCGGAUUUCUGCGACGUCUCUGAGGAGUCUGCGGUCUUCACUGGUCAACGGCUGAACAGGAAGAUGCAAGUGUACUCUGGCGCCAAGACCACCUUCCUCCCAGCUAUGCUGAGCUUGUACCAACAGUGUAUCCGCACGCUGCAGAACAAUAUAAACUUGCUUUAUGAGACUGGUGGAGUCCCGUUUGAGCUCCUUGAGCCGGUGCUGGAGAGGUGCACACCGGAGCAGCUGCAACGCAUUGAAGAAUGCAACCCAAUCUACAUCGGUGUAACAGACCAUUUGUGGGGAAAACACUGCGAGAAGGACUUCAAAGACGCCAAACUUCAAGAGAAUGAAUCAUGGAAAGAGAUGUACAUCAGGCUGUCCUGAGAGAGGGAGAGAAAACUGCAAAGACUGACAAAAACUAUUGUCUUAGCACAUUCUAAGAAACCAAAGGUGGGUCGGCAGGUGAAGAUGGCAUUUAUUCACACUGUUGCCAAGCCACCGAGAGAUGUGCGAAUUCAGCAGGAAAUUCAUGGAACUGCUGUUCAGCAGCCUCAUCAGCUCAGGUGCAGUGUCAAAGUUCAGGACAACCGAUCGAGGGUGAAUUGUAAUGAACUCAGCAGGUCCAGUAGCACCAGUUCAGGGGGGAGCAACGCACAAGAUGCUCGCAAAAAACAAGUGAGAGUUGCUCCAAUGAUGGCAAAGUCCCUAAAGGCAUUUAAGAAACAGCUGGGACGCAGAUAACGCCUCUUGUGUGAUGUUGAGCGUGGAUGCACGGAAAAUGUCCUCAGACACUGAUUGACAUUGAACUGUAUUAUGCCUAUUUUCAACUUUAGAUUAUUCUGUGUUGUUUGUCUAAU